AUGCAUACUGAGUACAAGCCAGACGUUUCACUCUUCUUCCAAAAACCAAUACCUAUCAAUGCUGAACUUGAAAUCCCUCCAAGGAGCUACACCCCUGAUCAUUUGGAUGAAGUGGCAGAGGAUCAAUUGGACAGAAAUCUAGAUAUAGAAGAGCCCGAGAUUGAGAACGAAGCAAUUGAAGGUGAUGGCCAAGUAGAUGCAGAAGACAUUGCUCAGGAUGAAGAAGUUGAAGAGAAUGAACCAAGGAGGAGACUAGGCAGGAACCUUGGUGAAUGGGCGUCUCUGUCAAUGCAAGAAGUGGAAGAGUACAGCUUCAACGAUUUUAUGAUCGAGAUGCUUUCGAGACGUGCAGAAGCAGAAGCGAGGUUCUACAAGAGAAGUUCGGCCAAGAACAUAGCUAAUGAGUACAAGAAAGCUCUUUCCAACUUUAUACAUAUGAAUGAGAGUGAAAUCAGGAACAACACCGACCUCACCUGCUUGGAUCAAAGGUUUUGGGUAGCAUGUGAUGCAAAUUUCAAGGCAUUGAAAGAGAUUGCCUUAAAAUUCAUGUCUAUUGCUGCAACCGAAGCUGAUGUGGAAAGAAUGAUUUCAAUUGUGCGGAACCUGCGUAAUAGGUUUAAUCAAAACGCACGUGAAGAUCUAAUAAAGUGUAGAAUCCUAUUGAAGCUUUUCAUGACAAAUGAAAUCCUGAAAAAGAUAUUUCCAGAUCUGACUGAUCUUUAA